CGCCUAUUUAUGUGACCCUUUGCGCAUUCUCUAAACUCCACUCGAGCUGGGGUCUGUGAGCUUAAGACGAAUACAGGGGACAUGGAAUUGGCAAUGGAGGUAGAGGUUGAAGAUGACGUCUUCUUUGCUGAUAUAAGCAGGCAGAUCUCUCUUCUCAUCAUGGAUGAAGAAGAUGAACAUGUUUCCUCUUCUCUCUCUCCUCUCCAGGGUUUGCUGGGAGGAAGUGCGGUGUCUCCAUCUGCGCAUGAGCAGAGUUGCAGGAGAAGAGAGAGCAAAGGGACAGGAGUGUUCAUCCCAAGAUCUUCUCAACCAAGAAGGAAACAUCAUCAUCAUCAGAAUCAAGGAAGGUUCAGUUCCUUCAGCUCAAAUCCACAAUCCCACCCACAAAGGCAGCGUCAGCAGCAACAUGAUAACAGCAGCACUGUUCAUGCUUCUAACCCAAGAAGAACCUACAGAGAUGCAGCAUCUGUCUCUACUUAACCAGUUCAUCACAAGAUUCAUACAGAAAGAUUAUGUGAUUUAUACAUAUAUAUAGAUUAUAUCAAGAUUUAAUUCGUUUGUGAAUCAGCAAUGAAUAAGAAUCAUUAUGGAGGAAGCAAAGGGGUUGGUGAAAAGAUAGAUCCCAAGAUUUACUGUCUUCUUAGUGUUUUGACUGACUGUUCCUCUGUAAUAUUCUCCACCACCCCAUGUAGCGGUUAUUACUCUUUUGGCAAUGAAGACUCCGCCAUUUCAUUCA